GCUUAUUAAACCAGUCGGUUUCCUUCAAAAGCGUGUUCAGGCUACUGCUGGAAGGAGAAGAAUCUCUCAUAGUCUGUGUUCUAAACACAGGAACAUGACUUUGUGGCUUUGCUGUGCCUGGACUUUUCUCCUCCUCCUUCCUGGCCUCUCAGAUGGUGGGAAGCUCCUGGUGGUGCCCAUGGUUGGAAGCCACUGGCUUAGCAUGAAGGAAGUAGUUGAAAAGCUCAGCGAGAAAGGACAUGAAGUGGUGGUGAUUUUACCAGAAGUCAGCUGGCAGAUGGAAACAACGCAGGCAUACACGGUGAAAACAUACCCAGUGUCUCUCCCUUUACAAGAUCUGGAUAAUGCUUUUCAACAGUAUGCUGGUGCUCACCUGAAGGAACAGACUUUCCCACUGAACAUUCCAGAGCUGUACAAGUACUCGGUGAAUGUUUUCAAGACGUUCUUUACUCAAUGCAGGGACCUGUUCAACAGCAAGGAGACCCUGCAGUACAUCAGUCAAAGCAACUUCGAUGCUGUCCUAACAGACCCUGCCUUUAUGUGCGGUGCAAUAGUUGCUAACUAUUUUUCUCUUCCAUUUGUAUUCUUCAUGAGAGGAUUUCCUUGCAGCUUACACUAUACAGCACCGCAGUGCCCAAACCCUCUGUCCUACAUCCCAAGACUAUUUACCUUCAACUCAGACCGCAUGACUUUUUUCCAGAGGGUGGAAAAUGCACUGGUUUCCCUCCUGGAGCCUAUGUACUGUAAUGGUUUCUACGAAGAUGCAUUAAAGCUUUCCUCUGAAGUUCUUCAGAGAGAUGUGUCCCUGACCGAACUCGUGAGCUCUGCUUCCAUUUGGCUUCUGAGAUUUGACUUUGUGUUUGAGUACGUCAGACCAGUGAUGCCCAAUAUGGUCUUUAUUGGAGGCAUAAACUGUGGUCAGAAGAAACCACUGCCUAAGGAAUUUGAAGCUAUUGUGAACGCCUCUGGAGAACAUGGCAUCAUUGUCUUCUCUCUGGGCUCCAUGGUCUCUGAGAUCCCUAUGAAGAAAGCCAAAGAAAUCGCCGAUGCCUUGGGCUCAGUGCCUCAGACGGUUUUGUGGCGCUACACGGGAGAGGUACCCCCCAACCUGCCGAAAAACGUAAAGCUUCUCAAAUGGCUGCCACAGAAUGAUCUUCUAGCUCACCCUAAGACUCGUGCCUUUAUUACCCACGGAGGCUCACACGGUAUUUACGAGGGCAUAUGCAAUGCGGUGCCAAUGCUUGUAAUGCCUUUAUUUGGAGACCAGAUGGACAACGCCAAGCGAGUAGAGUCACGAGGAGCGGGACUGACACUGAAUAUACUUGAAAUGACUUCGAAGGACAUAUCCACCGCCCUGAAAGCAGUUAUUAAUGAUAAAAAGUACAAAGAGAACGUCCAGCGUCUCUCAGACCUUCAUCUUGACAGACCCAUCCACCCCCUGGACCUGGCUGUGCACUGGGUGGAGUUCGUAAUGAGACACAAAGGAGCGCCCCACCUGCGUCCCGCUGCUCACGACCUGAACUGGAUCCAGUACCACUCCUUGGAUGUCAUCGCCUUCCUCCUCGCCGUGGUCCUCCUCUCCCUCUUCAUUUCCCUGAAGUGCUGCCUGUUCUGCUGCCGCAGGUGCUGCUGUAAGAAGGGAAGAACAAGAAAGCCAAUCAAAUCAAAGUCCCACUAACAGAUGAAACCAGUGGUAGGAGAUAAAGCCUCCGCUCCAGACCUGAAGGAUCAGAGAACAUCUCAAAUUUCAUUGAAAUAAUCACCAACUUUCAGUCGAGAAAUAAUAGUCACUUUAAACUAGCACCAUGGGAGAGGUUGUUUCACGGAUAUGAUUUUUGCCUUUAAUUAAGAAUCGGGUUUUGAAAAUAAUUGGGAUAGGAGUGCUUCAGUCACUUGGGAAGAUACUAGUGUGAAGUCCAAGGCUCUUGACUUCCACGUCUUUGUGUACAAAGAACUCAUGGUGACAGUUUUUUUUUUAACCUCUAUAUGAAAUGUAAAGGGAUUUCAGUAAGACUGUGCUUCAAGGGCUUUAGGAGAACCACCUCCUCGUGUGUAAGGCUGUCAGGUUUAUCAAGCACUUUGAAAUCUUUGUAUAUCUGUUGGUAUAGAAGAGGCAGUUGUCAUACGCUGACAAUACACGUCACAUAAGCCAAGCUAGACACGCACAUCUUAAAUGGGUUUUGUGUGUGUGUUUACAAUGCCCUGAACUCGAGUAAGGUUUUGGCAGGCAAGUGGUUGUAAACCCACUGGUGUUUCACUCAGGUUCCCGCAAUCAGGUAGAGUGCUAUUGUUUGGAGCUUACCUGGUAGGUGAUGAGAUCUCUGUAAGCAUUGUUUACAAAACCCAACUGAUCUACUCUUUGAAGUGAUGCUCAGGUAAAGACCCAAACCCCGGUCCUAUAAAUAAAUCCCCAAUACUAACAAUAGCGGCUC